GAGGAGGGGGAAGAGAUUGCCUCCAGCGCGCUGCUCCCAUACAGAUAUAACACGCAGGCUGCAGUCAGCGCGUCUCUGCAGCGCCGCCGUAAUUUCACGUGACAUCAAGUUUAAUAAUAAGCGCCCUGUGCGCGAGCCGCACCGUGGAAUCCGUCCUAUACCGAGACUGUUGCUUUUUCUUUCACUUUGUUGUCCUUGGUUUAAUUUUUCUUCAGCAGAGGAAGAAGGGGCACGCGCGCACAUCUGGACUCCGGUUCCUGCUGUUGUAUUCCGUCCAGUGCGUUCAUGCGGUGAGAAGAGAGAGAGAGAGAGAGAAAGAGAGAGAUACAGAGAGAGAGAGGGAGAGAGAUACAGAGAGAGAGAGAGAGAAAGAGAGAGAGAGGGAGAGAGAGAUACAGAGAGAGAGAAAGAGAGAGAGAGAGAAAGAGAGAGAGAGAGAGAAGAAGAGAGAGAGAGGGAGAGAGAGAGAGAGAGAAACAGAGAGAGAGAAACAGAGAGAGAGAGAAACAGAGAGAGAGAGAAACAGAGAGAGAGAGAAGAAGAGAGAGAGAGGGAGAGAGAGAGAGAGAAAUAGAGAGAGAGAGAGAGAGAAGAAGAGAGGGAGAGAGAGAGAGAGAAACAGAGAGAGAGAGAGAGAAACAGAGAGAGAGAGAGAGAGAGAGAGAGAAGAAGAGAGGGAGAGAGAGAGAGAGAGAGAAACAGAGAGAGAGAGAAGAAGAAGAGAAUGAGGAGCUUUAUAGAAGGUCGCAGGGAGAAAAUGGGGCAGCGCGUCUUCGCCUUUCUCCUGUUAUUAUCUUGGCGCAUGAGCAGCUCGCGCGCAGGAUUUCCCAAUCAGAUCAGCAUCGGUGGUGUGUUUCUGCGCUCCACCAUUCAGGAGCACAGUGUGUUCAGGUUUGCGGUUCAGCUCUAUAACACAAUCCAGAAUGUUACUGAGAAACCGUUUCACCUGCACUACAAUGUGGACAACCUGGAACAGAGCGACAGCUUCUCUGUCACACACGCCUUUUGUUCUCAGUUCUCACGGGGUGUGUAUGCUAUAUUUGGUUUUUAUGAUCAGCGCUCUGUGAACACACUCUUGUCCUUUUCGGGGGCUCUGCACACCUCCUUCAUCACUCCAUCACAGCCUGCCGAGGCUGACGCCAAUUUCCUGCUUCAGCUCAGACCUUCCCUUAAAGGGGUGGUGCUUAGCAUGGUCACACAUUACAAAUGGGACAGGUUUGUUUACCUUUAUGACACAGAUAGAGGGUUCUCUUUGUUGCAGUCAGUAAUGGAAGCUGCAGUAGUGAAUGAUUGGCGGGUGACAGUUCGCUCUGUUGGGAAUGUUGCUGAUGUUCUGGAAUAUCGGCGGAUUAUUGAGGAAAUGGAACGGCGUCAGGAGAAACUCUUCAUCAUUGACUGUGAAGAGGAACGCAUCAAUGCUGUGCUGGAGCAGGUUGUGGCCGCUGGGAAAAACGGUCGAGGAUAUCACUACAUCCUAGCUAAUUUGGGUUUUUCCAAUACAACAAUAGAGAAGAUUUUCUCUGGAGGAGCGAAUUUAACUACAUUUAACAUCAUCGACCCUCAAAACUCUAUCGUACAGCAGUUCCUCCAGCGCUGGGACAAACUGGACGAGAGAGAGUUCCCUCAGGCCCGGGACACACCCCUCAGAUACACCUCUGCAUUAACCCAUGAUGCUGUGCUGGUGAUCUCAGAGGCGUUUCGGUAUUUGCGUCGUCAGCGUGUGGACAUUUCUCGCCGUGGCAGCGCUGGAGACUGUUUAGCAAAUCCAGCUGUUCCCUGGAGUCAGGGCAUUGACAUCGAGAGGGCAUUGAAGAUGGUCCAGGUUCAGGGAAUGACAGGAAAUGUCCAGUUUGAUUCUUUCGGUCGUCGUACAAACUUCACCAUUGAUGUUUACGAGAUGACAGCUGGUGGUGCAAGAAAGAUUGGUUACUGGAGUGAAUUUGAGAAGUUUGUGUAUGUAACAGAACUGCAGGUGACGAACGAAUCGUCUUCAGUGGAAAACCGUACGAUUGUCGUCACCACCAUCAUGGAAGCUCCAUAUGUGAUGUAUAAGAGGAAUUACAUGCAGCUGGAGGGAAACGAUCGAUACGAGGGCUACUGCGUGGAUUUAGCCUCCGAAAUCGCCAAACAUGUCAGAAUUAAAUACAAGCUGUCCAUCGUAGCUGAUGGGAAAUAUGGAGCACGAGAUCCUGAGACUAAAACUUGGAAUGGGAUGGUGGGAGAGCUGGUGUACGGGAGAGCAGACAUCGCUGUGGCUCCUCUGACCAUCACACUGGUGCGUGAGGAGGUGAUCGACUUCUCCAAACCCUUCAUGAGCCUCGGAAUCUCCAUCAUGAUAAAGAAGCCGCAGAAGUCAAAGCCGGGUGUGUUCUCGUUCCUCGACCCGCUGGCGUAUGAGAUCUGGAUGUGCAUCGUGUUCGCUUACAUUGGCGUGAGCGUCGUGCUCUUCCUCGUCAGCCGAUUCAGUCCGUACGAGUGGAACUCGGAGAGCAGCGAUGAGGCGAAGGAUCCACAGGCUCCACCUGAUCCCCCCAACGACUUCGGCAUUUUUAACAGUCUGUGGUUUUCUCUUGGAGCCUUCAUGCAGCAAGGAUGCGAUAUCUCGCCAAGGUCUCUGUCAGGUCGAAUAGUGGGAGGAGUUUGGUGGUUUUUCACGCUGAUCAUCAUCUCGUCCUACACGGCGAACCUAGCGGCGUUCCUGACUGUGGAGCGAAUGGUGUCUCCUAUUGAGAACGCUGAAGAUCUGGCUAAGCAGACGGAUAUCGCGUAUGGGACACUCGACUCUGGUUCCACUAAAGAGUUCUUCAGACGCUCUAAGAUAGCAGUGUUUGAGAAGAUGUGGUCGUACAUGAAGUCGGCCGAGCCAUCAGUGUUUGUGAAGACGACUCCAGACGGCGUGGCUCGCGUCAGGAAAUCGAAGGGGAAGUUUGCGUUUCUGCUGGAGUCUACAAUGAAUGAAUACAUUGAACAACGCAAACCAUGUGACACCAUGAAGGUUGGCGGAAACCUCGACUCCAAGGGCUACGGAGUCGCUACGCCAAAGGGCUCGGCAUUAAGAAGUGCUGUGAACCUGGCUGUGUUAAAGCUGAACGAGCAGGGCCUGCUGGACAAGCUGAAAAACAAGUGGUGGUACGACAAGGGGGAAUGUGGCAGCGGGGGAGGGGACUCUAAGGACAAGACGAGUGCACUAAGUCUCAGUAAUGUAGCCGGGGUGUUUUACAUCCUGGUUGGGGGUCUGGGACUCGCCAUGACGGUGGCGCUGGUCGAGUUCUGCUACAAGUCUCGACAGGAGACCAAACGGCUCCGACUGCUGAAUCCUGCUCAGAACAUUAAACACACUCCUCCAGCCGGCUCUCAGGGCUUCACCACCUACAGAGAAGGCUACAACGUCUACGGCACAGAGAGCAUCAAGAUAUAGAGCUUGUCACAUGUGGAUCACAGAAUAUACCUAAUAAAAAGCAAAGCGUAGAGUUUACGGCUUGUAUCACGAGGUUCACUGUAAUGUCCUUUAAUGUACUCUUUAAUCUCAUCAGUGUUUUGUUUAUUUGUUAUUUACAUGCUAAAUGUUUAUGAAUGAUCAUUUAUUUGUUUUUUUUCUCACAGAUCUGAGUUUUAUUUCUGUGUCUAGAUACAGAAGGUCCACAGGAGGUCCGAAACCCAGCAACUGGUUUUAAUAGGUCACACCCCUUUGAGAUUGGCCCCACCCACAACAGUAAUUUACUCCUUGGAUCUGCUGUAACCAUAGCAACCUCUCUCAGAUAUCUCUGUACUCCCAAUAACUCGGUGCCUUACAGGAAACACGUUAAGCAUUCAACAGAACGUCCUCUCCAGUCCACACAGUCCUGCUUUUACCCCAGACUGCUUCCUCUUUACCCCUCAGUCAGCUCAUCUCCCCCACAGAAGUGUUUAAUCACAUUAUGCACUCUGCAUUUAACCUCCAAAUGUGAGAGGAGCUUUACCAGCGUAGAGCAGCGCUUAAUAAAGUAGGGGUCAUGACCUCAUGUAAAGUCUACUGAUGUGGAGUCAUAGAGAGAAACUCUUGUUUAAAAUUUCUUUAGUAUUUUAAUAUCAGAAAUAUUGACGACGUAAUUGAGUCACAUUCAGACACAUUUAAAUGAAUAGAAGUUAAAAUAUCUUCCACUUCUGUUUCUCAGGCUUUCCCCUCAUUGUUCCUUUCAUGUUCCCAAAUGUCUGUGCACUUUAUCUUUUAUGGAGUAAAGCUGUAUUCAACAUACACGUAAACACAAGUGCAGCAGAAAAUGUUAGGUUCUCUUCAGCUUUCGCAAACAUUUACAAAGAACUUUACAAAAAGUUUGAUGAGUCUUAAACGUGAACUAAAGACAGAUCUGCAGUCAUGUAAAUAAGGUAAAUAAUGAAGAGAUUUGGAGGCUUGUGCUCACAGAACAUCUUUAAUUUCUAUUUGUGGACAUCUGUCUUAAACGUUUGGGUCCCGCUGUUCUAGCGCGAUCUGCAUUGUCUCCACUUCAGAGCAGCUGGUUAGAGUUUAUGGAUGUUCUCCACACUACAGUCCAGAGCAGAUCAUCUCCAGCACUGAACUCCAUGUUGUCAGAGCGUUUCAUCCAGAUGUCAUAGUGCUUUAUGUCGACAUUAGAGCUUAAGAGCUUCUCAUUUCUGUAUCAGCAUCAUCUGUAAUCAUCUCUAGAGCAGAUCAGUUUUAAUCCGCAGUGCUUCCAGAUUCGUUACGGUGCUCUUCAUGUUGGAAAGAACAGACACGGUGGAUAAAUGAGGUGAAGGAUAAACUCAUUUUGGUUUGCUUUCUUUCAUUUAGAUGCCAAAAGAAUGCUGAAAAAGUCUUUAAUUUCAGCUUAAGUUAGUUUUAAUUGUUUUAGAACAACGAAUUUAUAAACACUGACUUAUUAUCAGAUGAAGCUGCAUGUUAGAGAUCUGAGUAGUGAAAGGUCAAAGGUCAUCCUCUAAGUUUUCUGUAAUUUAGGAAAGCAGCAACUCCCUGCAUGAGUAGCUGCACAAAAGGUUUAAUUUUAUUUCAUUUUGUGAAUAAAUGUAAGAAUGUGAAAGUGUCUUUAACAUUUAAUCAUUGGUGUACAUCCUUACAGACGACGGACGGACAGAUAGACAGACAGAGAGACAGACAGGGGGACGGACGAACGGAUGGUCAUACCGACGGACGGAUAGAUAGAUGGUCAGUCAACCGGAUGGACUGUCAGACAGACAGACAGACCAUCAGACAUACAGACGGAUGGUCAGACAGACGUACGGUCAGAUAGACGGACGGUCAGACAGACAGAUGGU